AUGCAGGUGGACGCCAUCCACGUCCUCACCGACUCGCAGCUGGUAGCCGAGCAACUCAGCGGCGGAUACGAGGCCAAGGAACCAACCAUGGCAAAGUGCCAAGAAGCCAGAACGAGCGAGCUGGCUAAGCAUGCCUCAAAGUCGGACCCCAGAGCUCAGCCCGAGAUCGAAAGGCUCCCCUUUCGCGCCAUCUCGGUCUCGACUGUGUCUUCAGCCGACGGUCGUACCACAUGGGUGCAGGAGAUGCUGCGCUUCAAGCACGAUGAGAUCCUUCCCACCGAUGAGGCUUCGGCUCGGUGCGUCUGCCGAGCGCAGGCAUGGUACUCCGAGGUGAACGGACGACUCUACAAGCGGUCCUUCUCGCACCCACUGCUACGGUGCCUCGGGCCUGAAGAGGCUCAGACGGUCCUGGCCGAGGUUCAUGAAGGGAUUUGCGGAGAGCAUAUUGAUGGCUGGACCUUAGCCUACAAAAUCCUCCGCUAA